AACGAAAUGAAUCGACCUUUUAAGAUACUAAAAAUUAGUAACAGUCUGCCGACUGACUAACGUCGUUAUAAGGCCGCUGCUCACCGCGUCUCACUUCCUUUUCCUUCAUUGGAAGCUCCCUGUGGCAUCGGUGCACGUUUGCUCGUAACUCAUAUCAAACGUCAAGAUGUCGGGAGGAAUCGACGUUCUCGCCCUCAAGGAGGAGGAUGUUACCAAGAUGCUUGCUGCAUCAUCUCACAUUGGUACUGAAAAUGCCAACUUCCAGAUGGAACAGUACAUCUUCAAACGUCGUGCUGAUGGUCCCUACAUCAUCAACCUUCGCCGCACUUGGGAGAAGCUGCUGCUUGCUGCCCGUGCUAUUGCUGCUAUUGAACAUCCAGCUGAGGUUUUCGUUAUCUCGAGCCGUCCCUAUGGACAGCGUGCUGUCCUGAAGUUUGCUGCCCAUACCGGUGCCACCUCUAUUGCCGGUCGUUUCACUCCUGGUGCUUUCACCAACCAGAUCCAGGCUGCCUUCCGGGAACCCCGCCUCUUGGUCGUCACUGACCCUGCUACUGACAAGCAGCCCAUCACAGAGGCCUCUUACGUUAACAUUCCCGUUAUCGCUUUCUGCAACACUGAUUCUCCCCUCAGAUUUGUUGACAUUGCUAUCCCAUGCAACACCAAGUCCCACCACUCUAUUGGUUUGAUGUGGUGGCUGUUGGCACGUGAGGUGCUGCGUCUGCGUGGUCAGAUUCCCCGUGAAGCCAAGUGGGAUGUUGUUGUGGACUUGUUCUUCUACAGGGAUCCUGAAGAGGCCGAGAAGGAGGAGCAAGCUGCCAAGGAGGUUGCUGCUGUCCCCAUCAAGGUCGAGACUGACUAUGCUGCCAUCAGCAGCACAGCCACCUGGGAGGGUGAGGCUGCCGCAGUUGUUGCCACUGAGAACUGGGAUGCUGAAACUCCUGGUGCUGCUGCCACUCCUGCUGCACCUGGAGCAGCACCUGCCGCUCCGGCUGUGGAUCCGACCGCUUUUGUUGCAGCUCCAGCAUCAGACAAUUGGGCUGAUGAGGCAUGGCAGCAGGGAACUGCCGCCACUGCUGCAGCUCCAGUUACUACUCCCAGCUGGGGAGGUACUGCCCAAUGGUAGAAUUCUUGAGAAAUAAAGUGGUCAACUAAA